AGACAUUUCAGUGUUAGCUGUUUGCAGAUGCUGAUAGAGACACAACAGAAAAGGUGCAUUUUUGACUCUACCAAAAGCUUGUAUUUUUAAUUUGGGGUGGGUGCGUCCAGUGGAGCAGGAGCUGGGAGUACUCAGGAUCGAGUGCCCAGUACUGGGAUGUACAAGCUGGAGAUUGAGCUGAAAAGGGGUCACAACCUGGCCAUUCGAGACAGAGGAGGCACCAGUGAUCCUUAUGUGAAGUUUAAGCUUGGAGGUAAAGAAGUGUUUAAGAGCAAAACGAUCCACAAAAACCUGAAUCCUGUGUGGGAUGAGAAGACAACUUUGGUCCUGGAUACUUUAUCUGAGCCUUUGUAUAUUAAGGUUUUUGACUAUGACUUUGGCCUUCAGGACGAUUUCAUGGGCUCAGCUUACCUGCACCUGGAAUCUCUGGAGCAGCAAAGGACAAUCCCCAUCACACUUCCACUGAAGGAUCCUCACCUCCCAGAUGAAGACCUGGGCAGCCUGGAGCUCAAUGUCACCCUCACUCCAAAAGAGAGUCCCCUCGAGGAACGCCGGGACUCAAUGACAAUGCUGCUCAGGAGAUCCUGGAAACGGUCCACUAAGCAGCAGCAGUCCACGCGUCUGUCCGAGUUGCACCGUAAAUCGCAGUUGUGGCGUGGGAUCGUCAGUAUCGCGUUAAUCGAGGGUCGAAAUCUCACUCCCAUGGACCCCAAUGGACUGAGUGACCCGUAUGCCAGGUUCAGACUGGGACACCAGAAGUACAAGAGCAAGACUGUGCCAAAGACUCUGAACCCGCAGUGGAGAGAGCAGUUUGAUUUGCACCUGUAUGAAGAGACUGGGGAGGUGCUGGAGAUCACGGUGUGGGACAGGGAUACGGGACGUAGAGACGACUUCAUUGGACGUUGCCAACUGGACUUGUCCACUCUUGCCAAGGAGCAAACUCAUCAUCUAGAGCUCCCCCUAGAGGAAACUCGGGGGUAUGUAGUCCUUCUGGUCACGCUGACUGCCUCAACUCAUGUGUCCAUCGCUGAUCUUUCAGUAACCCCACUGGAUGAUCCCCAAGAGUACAGUGAAAUACUCAGACGAUAUGGUGCUAUGAAGUCAUUCUCUAAGAUGAAAGAUGUGGGAAUUGUGCAAGUGAAGGUAAUGAGAGCUGAAGGUCUCAUGGCUGCAGAUGUCACUGGUAAAAGCGAUCCAUUCUGUGUUUUGGAGCUGAACAAUGACAGAUUACAGACACACACUGUUUACAAGAACCUUAACCCAGAGUGGAACAAGGUCUUCACAUUUAACGUAAAGGACAUCCACUCAGUGUUGGAGGUCACUGUGUUUGAUGAAGACAGAGACAGAAGUGCCGAUUUUUUAGGGAAAAUAGCCAUCCCAUUGUUACGAGUACGAAAUGGUGAACAAAAGGGGUACGCAUUGAAAAACAAACAGUUAACUGGACCAACUAAAGGCCUUCUCUUCCUGGAGAUUGAUGUGAUUUACAACAAAGUGAAGGCAGCGUUUAGGACAAUAGCACCAGCAGAGCAAAAAUACAUUGAAGAAGAACAGAAAGUCUCAAAGCAGUUGCUGCAGCAGAACUUUAAUCGUGUGAAGAGGUGCAUCAUGGUCCUGUUAAGUUAUGGGACUUAUAUCAACAGCUGUUUCGAAUGGGAAUCUGCACAGAGAAGCCUCAUAUCCUUUGUGCUUUUUGUGGUGAUUGUGUGGAACUUUGAGCUGUACAUGCUGCCAUUUGCUCUGCUCCUGCUGCUCAUUUGGAAUUACUUCUUCUCCCUGAGCAGGGACCCUUCUGACGCGUCAGUAGAAGCCAUGUUCGAAUGGGAAGAUGAGGAGGAAGACAAAGAUGACAAGGAAUCAGAGCCCAAAGGCUUUAUGGAUAAACUCUAUGCAAUUCAAGAUGUAUUUAUUAGUGUGCAGAAUGCUUUGGAUGAAGUGGCUUCAUUUGAAGAGAGGGUCAAAAACACAAUAAACUGGACAGUGCCUUUUCUUUCUUGGUUGGCAAUUACUGCCUUAUGUUUUGCCACAAUUCUUCUCUACCUCAUACCGCUGAGAUAUCUUGUGCUCGCAUGGGGUAUAAAUAAAUUUACAAAGAAGCUUCGGGAUCCAUACAUGAUCGACAACAAUGAACUUUUAGACUUCCUUUCCAGAGUGCCCUCAGAUGUACAAGUGAUGCAGUAUCGGGAACUCAAAGUGGAGCCUGGACAAAGCCCCAACAAACGCAGAAGGACUAAUCUCAGUUAACCCACUGCCAUAAAUAAUAUUUGGAAAUACACCAAAAGAAAAGCUACUAUAACCUAUUUUAUUUAUAUAAUUGUUAUACAUGUGGUUUACGUGAUAGUCUACUGUUUUGUGUUUUAAGUAGUUUUGUUGAAGGAAGGAAAUUUAUUUUUUGAAACUGAAAAAUAAUACCAAAAGAAAUUUUAUGGUUUUGGAUACAUUUAUUUUCCUAUAGCACUAUUAUGCAACGCAUGUGUAUCUGUGACAAUGCAUGCCUGUACAAAGGUGUGUAAAUGUUGCAUGGGAUUUUUUGUAUCCCAAAAGUUUUCUGUUCUGUCACUCUUACAUCUUUUUGCAUGUAGGUGGUGUUUCUGCUGCAAACAGUAUAGUAUCACUAUACAGACCUGUUGACACUGUUUUAUAUGGGUCAUCUCUUCCGUUAUAUGCUCAUGACUGACAUGUUUUUAUAUCCUGUUUUUCAUCACAGCUUAUUUUACCAAGAUAGUCCCACUGAGAGUCCCAAGAGUGGGGAUCCUGUUACAUGUUUUAGCUGUUUACCACAUAUAUCCCACCAUUAAAUCCACCAUGCUGGAACAUGUUAUUACCACAUCAUUAACAGAUCUCUGCUAUAUUUUAUAUCCGUUUGAUAUCUGUUUUCUUACAGAGGUCAAACAGAAAAAAAAAAGAGUGUAUCUUCAGGUCUAAGUGUUGUGAAUGGACUGCAUGUUUGUCUAAACAAUGGGGUAUGCCUUGCACAUGUAGAUAUUUUCAGUCUUCCAAAGCAAUCCUGUCAAGGUUGAACUUAACUUGACUUGUGCAUGAAAUAGUAAUCAUUUAUUGAAGAGAAUUUAUAAAAGAAUAUGGGCCUUUUGAUGUCACUUUUACAUCACUGUUAAACACGCAUUACAUAUUUUAUAACUAUGCGGUUUGUGUAUAGUCACUCUCUUUACCUUAUGUUUUUUUUAUUACAUAAGUUCUGUUACGUCUUUCGCUGUAAUAACAUUGAAUGUAAUAAAGUCGAAAUUUCAC